AUGGGUUGUUGUGUGAGUUCUAGUCACAAAACCUCCACCUCGCCACUAAGAAAGUUCCGUGGUUCUCCACAACAUCUCACUCACCGAGAGAAACCUCUAGAAAGCAGCACAGAGGAAGAAAGUGAGACCGUGAAGCAAGUUCUCUUGGAAGCCCCGAAACGGAAUCCGACAACCUUUGCCAAACCAAAACCUCAAAAGCCACUCCAAUACAAGGUCAGAGAUGAACAGAGCAAAGUUCAGAAGAAGUCUUUGCCCAUUUAUAAAGCGGAAGAUCCCUCGGAUGAAGUUUGCAGCUUGAGCGAAACCGUGUCCACCACUACUUCAAUCACCGAGCAAGGACACGAAUCGCGCAAAAGGGUCGAUGUAUCUCAGGCCAAAUUGCUGAAAAAUCGUUCUUUUCCCGUUGAGAGAAGAGAGAGAACAGUGCAUGGUGCAAGGAACAAUGUUAGGUCUGUGAGGCUGGUUCAGUGCAGAGACCAAACGACUCAGAAAACGGGCAGCGGUGGAACACUUCGCCGGCGAGAUCCAGCCGAGAAAUCUUUCCGGCAGUCAAGGUCGCCGGCUACCGGAGGAUCUAGGUCCGUUGGGGGUCGAAACCCAUCUGUGAGAAAAACUAACCGUUGCCCGGCAAGGGUAAUAACAAGCACGGCGGGAAACAGUUGCCGGAGAAAGGAGAAUCAGGCGACGGCAAGGAAAUGGGUUUCUGGCGGCGAGUCUCUGGAGAAUCCACUUGUGUCAUUGGAAUGUUUCAUAUUUAUAUAG